GGGGCGGCCGGGCACGCAGUAGUCCAGUGAUGCCGCCCCCGUGCUGCUGCCAACAUGCGGGAGAAACGCAUGACGUUAUUCUACGGCCCCUCGGCCUCCAUCUACGAGGGAGCCUUCUCCGGCCGCUUCAACAACCACAGCGUCGUGGAUAUCGUCCUCGAUGACAUGCUUUACCUGGUCGACCCGCACUGGUAUAGGUUCGAGCCCCUGCACCCCAUUCACCUGAAGCUGCUAGCGUUCAUGCUGGCGUCCCUCGGACUCAUGUCUGUGUCCGGCAACGGCAUGGUCGUCUACAUCUUCUCCACCACCAAGUCCCUGCGAACCCCGUCCAAUCUGCUCGUAGUCAAUCUCGCAGUCUCCGACUUCCUAAUGAUGUUCUGCAUGGUGCCGCCUAUGCUGUUCAACAGUUACUUCGAAACGUGGGUGCUUGGGCCCAUGUUCUGCGAAGUGUACGGGAUGUUCGGUUCUUUGUUCGGAUGCACCUCGAUAUGGACCAUGACGAUGAUAUCAUUAGACCGAUACAACGUCAUCGUAAAGGGUCUCUCUGCGAAGCCAAUGACAAACAAAAAGGCCAUCUGGUGGAUCAUAUUUGUCUGGGCCAUAUCACUAAAGUGGACAGUGUUUCCCGUGUUUGGUUGGAGCAGGUACGUGCCGGAGGGCAGCAUGACGACCUGUGGGGGGGACUACCUCAACAUCUCGUGGAUCAGUCGCAGCUAUGUCAUUCUGUACGCCGUCAUGUGCUACUUCCUCCCGCUGGCCAUCAUUGUAUACGCCUACUACUACAUAGUCAAGGCCGUCGCAGCUCACGAAAAGAACAUGAGGGAGCAGGCCAAGAAAAUGAAUAUAUCCUCCCUUCGGUCUCAGGACCAAGCGAGCUCCGAGAACAAAUUGGCGAUGGUGGCGCUCAUGACGAUAUCACUCUGGUUCAUGGCGUGGACGCCGUACCUCGUCAUCAACUUCGUGGGCGUGUUCGGCUACGGCAAGGACAUCACACCUUUGUCCACUGUGUUCGCCACGCUGUUUGCCAAGGCGAACGCUGUGUACAACCCCAUAGUUUACGGCAUCAGCCACCCCAAGUAUCGCGCCGCGCUGGCCAAGCGCUUCCCGCGCUUCUUCCGACACAUGACAGCAUCAUCAGAGACGAGCGAGGUGGAGUCAGUUCAGUCCGUGGUCACCAGCCUCCCAGACCAGGCCUGAGUCUGGCGGCUGACAGCGGCUGCACUACGCAACAACUGAGGGUUUAAAAACAAACUGGAAUCGAAAUACUUCACCAGCGGAACGACGUGACACAGAAGAAAUACAAAAGAAAGAGACGUGUUGUGUAUCAAUAUAUAUGUGUGAUAUUUUCAUCUUUGCCUUACGUCCCUUGUCUUCAUUUCCGAAAGGCUGCAUGACAGAAACGCUUGGAACAAAGGACUAUGAUUCUGGACAGCUCCGAACUCGCACUUUCUCUAUUUGCCACUCGAUCACAUAGUAAUGACCUACCUUCAGAAUGCAAAAAUAAACAUUCACAUUGAUUUAAGUUUUGGAAAAAAAUUUUAAAAAUGUUUUCAUAUUUUUUAAUGAAUGGGGCAGACGGUUCUGCCCCACCCCGUAUUCUUUUUGUUACUGUUCCUGUAGGUGUGCAAAGCUGGCUUGUAAAUGCCCUUAUUACUCCCGACGAAAAAAAUAAACAAUUUGCAUGUCUUA